GAGGCAGCCACAGAAGAGACAACAUACACCAUGGGGUUUCUUUCAAUCUUUACCCACAGAGGAUUUAUCCACUGUCAAGGGCUCCUGCUGGUUGUCUCACUCCUCAACUCCUGGAGCCAGCCCAGCACAGCCCGAAUGACAGUUGAGUCGGUUGAUGCUCUCGAAAGGACAGAUGUGAUUCUACAUAUCCGCCAUAGGCCUCGCAAUGCAGAAUACUUCCUGUGGUACAGAGGAACAACCAUUGACUUCCGUAAUAAUAUUGCAUAUCUUUCAGUAAAAUCUGGCAGGCAUGUAAGAGGUCCUCCAGGUGGACAAGGGAGAGUAGAGGAUGAUGGGUCGUUGUUAUUAAAGAAUGUCUCCGUGGAAGACUCAGGAAUCUACAUCGUAAUGGUCCAACUUCAAGGCUGCCAAAAAAUGAUAGCAUGUGGACACCUUACAGUAUAUCCGCUUGUGAGUGUGCCCACCCUCCAAGCUAGCAAAACCACCGUCACAGCGAAAAAGGAUGCUGUGGUCUUCACCUGUCACACAAACUAUGAUGCCAUCCAGUGGUUAUUCAAAGGCAUAAGUCUGCCACUCUCGGACAGAAUGCAGCUGUCAGUUGACCGCAGAAACCUCACUAUAGACCCUGUUCUGAUAAGGGAUGCUGGUGAUUACCAGUGUAAAGCCUACAACCCCAGGAGUUCUGGUAAGAGUGCUCCACUUAAGCUGGAUGUGAAAUUUGCGUGA